ACGUUGCCAGUACUUUGCAGUGUAUUAGGACGGCUAAGCUGCCCGGGUGGGUGGUAAGGCAUGUGCCCUUGUCCCUUGUCAUCCCGGUAAACCAGUUUAACAAGUUGCUCUCCUGGAAACCAAAUAAGGACUCAACACGACCAGAACGCCGAGGGAGAGACCGGAAACUUCUGCCUGCUGCAGCCUGCCAGCUUUUUUUGUGCCAUGAUGAAGAGCGCAGUGAGAGUCAGCCUGCUGUUGCUGCUCGUCUUCGCGCUGCAUGCAAAGGGAAUGCGAUACAGCCCGCCAGGAAAGCCCACACUGACCAGAUGUCGUUCUCCAGAAAAAGAAACCUUUACCUGCUGGUGGGAACCAGGUUUCGAUGGGGGCCUGCCAACAACCUACGCUCUGUUCUAUCGUAAAGAAAACUCUGAGACUGUGUACGAGUGUCCGGACUACCGCACAGCUGGAGAGAACUCCUGCUUCUUCAACAAGAACGACACAUCCAUCUGGGUUAACUACAACAUCACUGUGGUGGCCUCCAACGCACUGGGCAGCACUUUCUCUGACCCCGUGGAUAUAGAUGUUGUUUACAUUGUCAAGCCUAAUCAUCCGGAGACGGUUACAGUGACUGUGAUGGAGGACAAGGGCUGGCCCUUCCUCCGUGUGUCAUGGGAACCACCACACAAGGCCGACACUCGCUCCGGUUGGAUCACUCUCAUCUACGAGCUCCGAGUCAAGCUAGAGGGGGAAAAUGACUGGGAGAUGCAUCUGGCAGGCCAGCAAAAGAUAUUUAACAUCUUCAGCCUGCGAUCAGGCGGUACAUACCUGGUUCAGGUGCGCUGUAAGCCUGAUCAUGGCUACUGGAGUGAAUGGAGUACUACUUCCUACAUCAAAGUUCCUGACUAUUUCCAUCAUGAAAAGCCAAUGUGGGUCCUCAUUACAUGCUUUUGUGCCUUCAUCUUCCUCAUCCUCACAUGGUUGCUACACAUGAACAGCCAGAGUCUGAAGCAUUUUAUUCUGCCGCCUAUCCCUGGUCCAAAAAUCAAAGGAUUUGAUAAGCAGCUUCUCAAGAAUGGCAAAUCGGAUGAUAUCUUCAGUGCACUGGUAGUGCCCAAUUUCCCCCCAAUCGCACCAUCAAACUGUGAGGACCUGCUGGUGGAGUAUUUAGAGGUGUAUAUCCCUGAGGAGCAGGAGCUGAUGCUGGAGGAGAGCAAGGAUUUAAAUGAUGUAUGCCUCAAAUCUGAAGGCUGCACAUCAGACAGCGAUUCUGGCCGGGGCAGCUGCGACAGCCACACUCUGCUGAUGGAUAAGUUUCGAGAAGCAAAGGGGGAAAAGAAGCCCAGAGAUCAGGAGAGCAAUCGAACCCGGACAAAGAACCAACGAAAAGGCUGGGGGGAGGAAGGGUCGUCCUGUGUCCAUGACGACAUUCCCAUCAUUUCUGGUGGGAGGGUGAAGACCUGGCCUUGUGUGUUUUCUCCUCUGCCCCAGUACAGCUCAAGUACACUAGAACACAAGAGCUCACUUGAGAGGGCCAAACAGCACUGUCUCUCUUACAGUGCUGGCCCUCCAGGCUCCACAUCCUCUUGCCUCGACCAGCAGGGCCAGCACUGUAAGGAGACUCUCAGACCAGGCAAUUGGGAGUUCAGUUUGAGCAACAAACAACCUCAUCUACCCCAUUCUCAAACUUGGUGGCAACUUCAAGCCCACAGUGAUCUCAACAUUUCAAGCAUCGGCUGCACACGGGCACUUGCUGGCCUGCAGUUGCCUGCUCUUGAAUCGACUGAGUAUGUGGAAGUCCAGAGGGUAAACGAAGAGAAUAUGGUCCUCCUUCAACCUGUAGACUCAGAGCAGGGCCACUUUGAAGACUGCUCCCAGAUUCCCUUAGGGGAGGACUACAGCAGGGUGAAGGGGGUGGACAGGGACAACAGGCUGCUGCUCCAGAGAGAGGUCACUCGGGAGGACAGGUGCCUCCGUGAGGACCGGGACAUGUAUGGAGAGAGCUGCCACACGUCCUCAGUUACACAAAAGCCUACAGCCUGCAUUCACAUUGCCAGGCCAGAACAGGAUGAUAUGGUUCUGGCAGUGACAGGUUACGUUGACACUUCAACCGCCAGCACACUGCCCUGUUACUAGUUACAUUGAAUGAAGCAGGUCCAGGACAAACCUGUUUCAGACUGGGGCUGAGACUAUUUAUAAAACACUUACACUGUGGACCCUUGAGCAGAUCUUACAAAGAGCGAUUCUGGUGUUUCAGAUCACCAGUAUUUUAUUUAAGAGAUUUAUUUUUACUUUUUACUUUGGGUGAGACUCGUUUUGAGAAUCCUGAAGUUAAUGUUUGAAAGAUCUUAACAAUUAAUAUAUUGAGAAAGCAUAUGAUUGUACAAAUUAUCUUGUCCUUAUCGCCAUCUUUUAAUUGAUAACUAGGUUUGUCAUCAUUUUUUUUCUCCGUCACAGACAAACAGUUUCAUGUCAUCAUGCACUUUGUAAUAUCUUACGCAAAAAUCAUUGAUACAUAAUGGUACAAUAUGAGAUUAUGUUUAAAUAACUUAUUUAAAAAUCAAAUUAUAUACUUAGAAGUAUCUAAAACACAUAUUUUUCUUUCGUAAAAAUGUUUGUAUAGGGAUGGUUUGGAAAAAAUGACUUCAUUUAGUUGACAAUCCACAACAGCCACAACACUAAUCUUAAGUGACUGUCUGUUUUCCUUUGAUUCUUUUUUUGCACGUAUAUGUUUAGACCUAUAUACAGCCAGCUGACGCAUAUACUAAACGCUAUUUGAAAACAAUCAAAUUGAUGUGAAAUGCUCAUUAAGAAAUUCAUGAUGUCAAUAUAUAUAAAAUA